AUUUUUAUAGGUACAGAGUCGGUCGAUAGAUGUAGAAUAUAUCUCUCUGCUACAUCGUAUUCAUAAUGACAAUAUAAAAGGACAUUCCUACAGAGGAUACAUUAUUGCUGGAUCUAAUGUAUCCGAUAAUGCAAUAAUUAAAAUAGAACGCAACGUAUGUACGAAAAGACCGAUUUGUUUUAUAUUUUCGGGACUUGGAUCUCAGUGUUUUGACAUGGGUCGAGCUUUAAUGAAAUUUCCAACAUUUAUUAAAGCAAUCCAAAAAUGCGACACAAUUUUAAGACCUUACAAUAUAUCAGUGACAGAUAUUAUAAUAAAUAAAAACAAAGAUAUUGUCGACAACGUAGUCAAUUUAUUCGUAGGCCUUAUUGGGUUACAGAUCGGAAUAGCUGAUCUUUUAACAAGUAUUGGUAUCACUCCUGAUAUUAUAAUGGGUCAUUCCAUUGGCGAAUUAAUCUGUGGAUAUGUCGAUGGAUGCUUGACUGCUGAUGAAACAAUCAUGUUGGCAUAUUAUGUCGGCUUAGCAUUUUUUAAGUCAAAAAUAAUAGAUGGCUUAAUGGCUGAAAUUAAUCUCAAUUUCGAAAUUAUGAAAAAUAUCUGUCCAUCGGAUAUUGAUGUAGCUUGUUACAAUAAUUUACAUAAUUCUAUUGUAAGUGGACCAAAGAACUCUGUAAGAACAUUUCUCGCCAAGUUACAGAAUGAAAAUAUUUCUGUAAAAGAAAUUUCAUUCGGAAGUAUACCUUUUCAUAGUCGUUACGUCGAGCCGGCAAGAGUUAAACUUUUGGAAUACUUGAAUCAAAUAUUGCCGCAACAGGUGUCUCCAAGUUCAAAAUGGUUGAGUGUGAAUGAAUCUUAUGAAUGGUUCAAUACAUCUCCAAAAUUAAGUCUAGCAAAAUAUUAUGCACACCAUCUGCUAGCUCCAGUAUUAUUCUCAAAAAGUCUGCGCUUUAUUCCAAACAAUGCAGUGACAAUUGAGAUAGCAUCGCACAACAUUCUACAAUAUAUUCUUAAUGAUUCCUUAGAAACAACAGUGACAAAUGUCGCGUUAGAACAAUUUUCUCACAAACCAAAUAUUGAAACAUUUUUGCAUGGAAUUGGAAAACUUUAUAAUGCAGGAUUACAGCCAAAAAUCGCAAAUUUAUAUCCGGAAGUUAAAUUUCCUGUAAGUCGUGGUACACCAAUGAUUUCUCAUCUUAUAAGAUGGGAUCAUUCCAAAGAUUGGUAUAUAUUUCGUUAUACUGGGAAAAGAACAAUUGACAAAGGGGAAGUAAUUGUUACUAUUGAUGUUUUUGACGAAGAAUUUAUAUAUAUGACUGGACAUGUCAUUAAUGGAAAAAAUUUAUUACCUGCGACGGGUUAUCUUUUACUUAUAUGGCAAAUGGUUGGCUGGUUAAAAAAACAAUGUUAUAUCGAUAUACCAAUUGUAUUUGAAGAUGUCAAUUUUCUACGUUCUACAAUAUUACCAAAACAAAGUUCGAUCGAUUUAACUCUUAUGAUGCAAAAGGGUAGUAACAAAUUUGAAAUAAUUGAAGGAAACAAUACUGUCGUUACUGGAACAGUACGAAUUCCAAUUAAUAUUGAAGACGAGAAAAUAUGUACUACAUUUAUUGAUCGAAAUGACAAUGAUGAAGAGGUGAUGAGUACGAAAGAUAUCUAUAAAGAAUUGAAGCUUCGUGGUUAUCAAUAUAUCGGCGAAUUUCGUGGACUAAAAAGCGCGUCAAUUAGGGGAAAGAAUGGUCACAUUGUCUGGACUGACAACUGGGUAACAUUUAUGGAUAACAUGUUACAGAUGAUGAUUUUAGGACUGAAUUCGAGAAGUCUUUUUGUACCAACAAGAAUUCGUAAAGUAGUAAUCGAUCCAGAAUCUCAUAUAAAACAAAUCGAAAAGCUUCCAAAUGAAGAGAAACAAGUUCUUGUACAAAAUUAUAAGCAUUUAAAUGCUUUAAUAUCCGGAGGAAUUGAAAUAAGCGGCAUUUUGGCUACAGUUAUAUCUCGCCAACAAAGAGCAAUUGAUCCCGUUCUUGAAGAAUACAAGUUUGUCGCUCAUCAAGAUUUAGAUGUAAUGUCCUUAGAGGAUACAACAAGAAUGUCCGUGCACAUUGCGCUCGAGUGUUACAAUAUGAUAAACGUAAAAAUCAUGGAAUUUGUAGAGGAUAGCGAUCAAGUGAUACCGGAGAAUUUGAAUUGUUUAUUUGUGAAUAAGGUUCUGGAAGAUUUUCCGCAAAAUCAAGCCGAUAUCAAACUGGUAGCAACACACGAGCGGUUCAAAGAUAUCACUUUGUCUGACAAUAUUUCUACAAUAGAAUUUGAUAAACUGACAAAAAGUGAAAAUUGUUUGAUGAUUAUAGGUUACGAAAUUUUAACAAAAAAUAAACACGAAUUAUAUGAACGAUUAUUAUCUGUCAUAAUGCCAAAGGGAUUUCUUCUAACAUUCGAAGAGUUGGAUGCUAUCUACGACUACUCAUGUCUGGAUAAGUAUGGAUUAAAAGUAAUUUUGGAGAAACGCACCAACGACAAGACAAUUAUAUUAUUAAGAAAAAUACAUGAUAUUGAAAGGAGUCAACAGAUUGUGCAUAUAAAUAAUUAUGAAUUCUCAUGGAUAGACAGGCUUAAAUCAUUCAUGAACAUUGAAAAUGAAACUACGAGAAUUAUAGUCGUCGCAGAAGGGGACUUUGAAUGCGGACUAAUCGGCCUUGUAAAUUGUUUGCGAAAAGAACCGGGCGGUAAAAUGAUUAGAGGUGUAUUUAUUCAAGAUAAAGAUGCACCUACUUUUUCAUUGCAAGAUCCGUUGUAUAGAAGCCAGCUACAACUGGAUUUACCCAUCAAUGUUAUACGUUCCAGAAGCAUUUGGGGUUCUUACAGACAUUUUCCAUUACCAUUACCCCAACCAAAACUCGUAAAGAGUGCUUAUGUUUCUCAAAUGGUGCGAGGUGAUCUCAGCACUUUUUGUUGGAUGCAAAGCAUGAUAUCUUUGGUCAACAAUGAUGAAGAAAAUCUGGUAAGAAUAGUCUAUGCGUCUAUUAAUUUUAAAGAUGUCAUGACAGCUAGCGGUAGACUCAUUUCGACUUCCGUCGCACCUUUUGAACAAAAUAAUAGUUCCUUAAUCGGAAUGGAAUUUGUUGGUUUUAAUAAUGGACAAAGAGUAAUGGGAAUGUGUCCAAAUAGCGGAUUUACAAAUGUUUACAUAGCUGAUAAAUAUCUCAGUUGGGUCAUACCUGACCAGUGGACAAUGGAAGACGCCGCGACAGUCCCUUGCGUAUAUAGCACAUGCUAUUACGCUUUGUAUUGUAAAGGUAAAAUGAAGAAAGGCGACAAAGUAUUAAUUCAUUCUGGUACAGGAGGCGUUGGACAAGCAGCAAUUCACCUUGCGCUUUAUGAAGGUUGCGAAAUAUUUACAACGGUUGGAAGUAGCGAGAAACGAAAUUUUAUAAGAGAAACAUUUCCCUCUAUUCCCAAGGAUCAUAUUGGAAAUUCUCGAGACACGAGUUUUGAACAAAUGAUUAUCCAGAAGACAAACGGUCGCGGAGUGGAUAUCGUAUUGAAUUCUUUAGCUGAAGAAAAAUUGCAAACAUCCAUCCGUUGUUUAGCGAAAGGUGGUCGUUUCCUCGAAAUUGGAAAGUUUGAUAUGAUUUCUAAUAAUUCUUUAGAAAUAUUUGCAUUCUCAAAAGGCAUUAGUUUCCAUGGUAUAAUAUUGGAUAAUUGGAUAUUUUGUGCAAAAGAAGAGGGUAAAAUGAUAUUGCAUAAUAAAAUAAUAGAAGGGAUAAAGAAAGGGGCUAUCAAACCGUUAUGCAGAAAAGUCUUUGAAAGGGAUGAAAUAGAAACUGCGUUUAGAUAUAUGGCUGCUGGAAAACAUAUUGGCAAGAUAAUAAUAAAAAUUCGAAAGGAAAAUGAACUCUUGGAUGCGCCUAUACUUGCACAUCCCCGGUACUACUGCCUGGAACGCAAAUGCUAUAUCAUUUUAGGUGGUCUAGGUGGUUUUGGUUUAGAAUUAAUUGAUUGGUUGAUUCUACGUGGUGCAAAAAAUCUAGUAAUAACCUCGCGAACUGGAAUAAAAAACGGAUAUCAGCGAUCAAGAGUAACGUUAUGGCAAUCUUACGGUGUAAAUAUACAAAUCGUUACAGCUGUUGAUACUUCGAGAUAUAGAGACUGUGAAUAUAUAUUAAAAUUUGCCGAAGAACAAGGUCCUGUAGAUGCUAUAUUCAAUCUCGCAGUUGUGUUGAAAGAUGAUAUAUUUAAGAAUCAGUCCCCACAAACAUUCGAAGAAACCUUCGUGUCAAAGGCAUGGACAACGAAAAAGAUGGACGAAUUAUCGAGAACUAUUUGCACUCAACUUCGACAUUUUGUCGUUUUCUCUUCCGUUUCAUGCGGAAGAGGUAACGCAGGUCAAACAAAUUACGGAAUGGCAAAUUCCGUAAUGGAAAGAAUUUGUGAAAAAAGAAAAAAAGAAGGUUUACAUGGUUUGGCUAUACAGUGGGGCGCAAUUGGUGAAGUUGGGCUUAUGGCAGAUAUGCGACAAGAUGACAAAGAACUUGUUAUUGGAGGUACAUUGCAACAAAAAAUAUCUUCUUGUUUGGACACAUUAGAAGUAUUUCUGCUACAAGAUCGGUCAAUUGUAAGCAGUAUGGUUGUUGCUGAGAAGAAAAAAUCUAGCCAAGCAAUGAAUCCACUUGAAGCAGUUGCAAAUAUUAUGGGAUUAAAAAAUUUAAACAUAGUGGCGCCAAAUGUAUCACUGGCUGAACUAGGCGUGGAUUCAAUGAUGGCAGUAGAAAUUAAACAAACCUUACAGAGAGAAUUUGAUAUUUUAUUGACAGAACAAAAUAUUCGAAACCUCAAUUUUGCUGCGCUUAGAAAAAUGAUAAAUGCAACCGAGCAAGGAAAGACGUAUGAUGUUACUGAAGCUGCUACAAAUAUUUUAGACAGUUUUGAAAUGUUUACACAAAAACUUACGGAUUCUGACUUAAAUCCAAAUAUUUAUGUAGAACUUGAUACAAAAAGGGAAGUUACUGGAAACAUAAUAUUUUUUAUACCAGGAGUCGACGGAUCUGCAAGCGUAUAUAAACUGAUGGAAUCGAAAAUUAAAUCUAUGGCAUGGUGUUUGCAACACGGUGCAAUUAAUAUGCCGGAUGUUACUCGUUCAGUAAUGAAAUCAGCUGCAUAUCUUCUGCCUUAUGUAAUGGAGAAAAUGAAAGAUCAAAAAGAUCAAAAAGAAUUUUUAAUAGUGGGUUAUUCAUUUGGAUCCUUAAUUGCUAUCGAAUUAGCAAGAUUAUUAGAAGCUAAGAAUUUCAUUGGACGGUUAAUACUUAUAGAUGGAGCACCUGAUUGGAUAAAAUUUUUGAAUAAAAAAUAUUUUAAUCAUACUUCGCAACAAGAAUUGCAAAAUGAUAUUUUACUUUAUCUUCUAAAACUAUAUCUCGAAUCUGACAAUGAAAUGAUUGCGUUAGACCUGAAAGAGUGCAGUACAUGGGAGGAAAAAUUAGAACUAAUUACUGCUCGCUUUUCGGAGAAGAUUAAUACGUUAAGUGUUGAAAAUCAAAAACUUUUAUGUACAACUGUUUACGAUCAUAUAAUUGCUGCACAAGAUUAUGAUAUAUCUUCAUUGUCACGCAUAAAAUCAUCUGUAAUAUUAUUAAAACCUACACUUACACCUUUCACUUUUCCUGAAGAGGAUUAUGGUCUACAUAAGGUAACUUUUUUAUUAAAGCGUAACACAUUUUAUCAUUUUUAA